AUGAAUCUCAUGGCUAUAUCUAUGGGCGCGAAUUCAGAAAAGAGUCUGGAAGUGAAUUCAAGACUACCAGAGAUUCAGCCCUCAGGCUCUAGCCACAUUUUCAUGGAACGACAUAAUACUAACCACAUAGUCAGAAACAGUCCAUCCAGCCCUCGCCAGAAAUUUGAGAGGAAAAGAUUGACUUGUCGAGGUGAAGAACUUUGGAAGAGUCACAAUCAACCAGGAGGUUAUCAGUUCUUGAACUCUCAACCACAUGAUGCACAAUCCUCAGGGCAUUUGAAUAGACUACGUGAUGGGAAAUUGAUGGACAGAGGGUAUUUAUCUCUUGCACCCCCCACAGAGUUUGGAGAAGGGAUUCCAAGUACUUCGUCAAUGCGACAGAAGCACGGACCACGGGCAGGAACGAUUGAUAUCAGAAACUUCCAUUUACACACUCCUAAUAAGAUGUGUUCAGCUGCUGCGAUUCACUACACACACGAUCUCCUUGACAAAAUCUCAGAAAGAUACACAGGUCCAAUAUGGACCUUUGAGAGAUUACUUCCAUUCGUGUACUUUGUUGUGUCUUGCAAUACAAAUGGAAAAUUUUGGGAAACUAUCAAGAUAUUGACAGCCUCAACCUUUAGGACAUUUGAUCAAUUCUCUCAUAUGUCAAACAAAUCUCAGAUAGAUCAAGAAAAAUAUGCUCGAUUUGUUUUGUGGCAUACAGAAGUAAUUUAUCAUAUUGCACUAUCAGAACCAAUGAUUGAAUCAUCAAAUGUAACACUCAGGCUUCCUGGAUUAUCCACUCUGGCAAGAUUUUUCUUGCUGAUCAAGGGCCGGGGAGAUGCAAGUACAGAUUGUAAGAAGAUGUUAGGAAGGCAUAUUUCUGAAACCUUUGAACAAGAUUAUCAAUCCGGAUACCCAUCUGGUGAAGGUAAUUGGAACAUGCAUGGUACAAUUUGGGAAAAUUGGAACAAGAAAUCAAAUGAGAUAUACAAAAUAGGGCAAGGUGUGGAUUGGCCUAAAACUUCAAACUCUCAAUUCGAACCAGUUCUCUUGAUGAAUGGGGAUAUUGAGCAUGACACAAUUGUAAAGAAAAGUUCAAGUUCAUCUCAAUUCCUCAAGAAGUGGGAGACCGACUUACAUGAAAUGUUACAAUUUAUCAGUGCCUCACAGCCAAGCCAGUUAGCUCUUUCCAAUAUUUCACUCAAGCUAAUAUGUCAAGGGAUUCAUUAUUUUUUGAAGGGAGAAUUGAAAAGUGUAACAAAAGAUAUAGAUCCCCAUAAAGCAAAUGGGUAUCAAGUUACAUUGUUGGCUCACUUCCUUCAUCAAGAUUUAAAUGAUCAGUUUUUUGUAAAGUUUUGGGAUUAUUGUUUUAAGCUAGGAAAAAUAAACCCCAAUGAAUAG